CGUUGACAAAAUGACGACGACGACCACUUUUCAGGGGCUGGACCCUAGCGCAAAAAAUAGUUCCAGGGUGCUACGACCCCCUGGGGGAGCCUCGAAUAUAUCAUUUGGAACAGAUGAGGGGAAGCCGGUUCGUAAAAACAAGAUGGCCUCCAGCAUCUUUGCUGAACCUGAGGACCCCCAUGCCCAUCGAAGGAACAAUCCACCAGGAGGAGAAGCCAGCGGAGUCCUGUGUGGAGAGCAUUCUGCUCCUCUGAGGCGGUGCCACCAGCCGCCACUCAUUCAGAACAGCUCCGCCCCUGUCCAGGCCACCACUCUGGAGGAAAACUAUGAGCAAGCAGAAGAACACUUCGAGGCAGAGGAGGAGACCUCCGAACAAAAGGAGGAGGUGCCACAGCCUUCUGCCCCUUCGGUGCCCGGUGCCGCCUCCUCUGGCCGGAGAAACCCCCCUGGUGGCAAGUCCAGCCUCAUCCUGGGUUGAAACA